GGUCAACCCAUCAGGCGAUACCUCAGCACGCCGACUGCUUCAAGAGGGAGUCACCAUGAAAAGGACCAAUGAUCAAAUCGAAGAUGCACCCCGUACCCUUGACAUACAUACUUUGACAUCUGCCCCGUCCACAUACGGGUCUAUGCAGAUGGGUAGUGCGGGGAAUAUCUCUCAAGUUUCGACGGUGGUGCAUGAGCAGUACUGCAUGUGCCGGCCGCGCACCAAGCUGGAGCGCAGGCUGGUGCUGGUGGUGGCGGCGCUGGGGCUGCUAGUCGUGGGCCUCCUCAUUGGGCUCGUCCUCGCGCUCGCCAGGCACAGCCCCGACGUCGACUGCAAGGACGUCAUCGCAGCCGCUCACCUCAAACUGUUCCGCGUCUGAAGCUGACACCACUUUUUCUACAUACACGCGAAACAAUAUUCGUUUCGCAAUGUACGAUGUAUUUAUGGUUUAACUUUUGUAUGUCCUGGAUGAAAUAUUUAUUAAUUACGUACGACUGUUGACAUCCCGUGUUCCAAAUGAGCUGCUGCCACGCGAACGUCCUGAAAAUCCCUGUCAGCAGUGUACCUUCUGGCCGCGUUGGCGCGGUGCGAUGCGUCUUCGUUCUAAAAGUCCCUUUGUUGCAAUUCUCAAAUCCCAAGGGCUUAUAUCGCACUUAGGCAUUGAGUAAUUACAACAAAAUAGCUUUCGCAAAAACAGACAUAAUGUCUGAUAAAAUAGCCGCAGCCAGUGAUUUUACAAUGUAACUUUUAAUCCGUCUUGAUUGCAAAAUGUUUAUUCGUAUGACCGGUUUCGGUUCCUCUAUAACCAUCUUCAGAUCUGUAAAGAUAAUGAUGUUAUGUUAGGUAAUGUUAACCGGGGACCCAGAAACGACGGAGAGGCUCCGGCUCCGCCGCUGCCGCAAUGGUCCACAACCCCACGACGACUACC